AUGCAUUGGUUUCUGUGGGAACAGAAAUGGGUGGGAAGCGAAUUUUUGUUUGUGUUUAUUAUUAUUAUUAAUUUAUUUCCUUUUCUUUAUAUCUGCCGUUAUCUCUGUGUGCUUGUGUUUGCAUUUGUAAGCUCACUUCACUCUGUCACGUGUUCGUUGCGUAUACAUAAUUUUUUUUGUAUUUUACACGUGACAGAGUCGACACAAAUGUGCCAGGUGCGUUUUCUUCCGUUUUUUUUUCCUUUCUUCAUCAUAUGUUUACACAAAUGUAUAUUAUUAUUUUUAUUAUUGCUGCUGUUGUAA